AUGCCCGCUGCUAGUCUUCGCGGUACAUUCUCCCCUCCCGUAGAGGCAGGCGCUCAGUCCGGGAAUUCGCCUUCCCAACAAGCAGCAAGAGAAAACCGGAAGAGAGAGCUUGCUGCCCUGCGCCGCACACCGCACACCGCACACCCAACGAAACAAGCGCUUCUCGGAAUCCUCUUCUCGAUCCUUAUCCACCCACUGCCAUUUAUUAUCAUAUCGCAAACGCCGGUUUACGGUCGUCUUAUUCUUUUUCUCUUUGUCGCUAGUGGUGGUAGUGUUUCUGGGGCCUUGAACGGCCAGCACGACAACUCCCUUCCCUCCUCUUCCUCAUCCGCGCCGCCGCCACAAACCCAAACGCGAAUACCGCUAUCCACGACCGCGGGAACGUCGAUAACUAGUUCAGGGGACCUGGACGACUAUAGUGGUGCUAUGUCUGGAUCUGUCUCUCCACCAAAUGCGGGGGAUCACGCCUCUCCCUGGCAACAACUGGAUGAGGCGCUGCUGGCCGAGCUGAACGAGCUGAUGGGAAACCCUUUUGGACAGCCUUUUGGACCGCCUUUGGGACAGCCUUUGGGACCGCCUAGUGCGGCACUGCAGGAUUGGCUCAGCAUGGUGAAUUCCCAGAAUUUUUCCGCCUGGAAUGCGCUCGGCAUAGGGAACGUUCCGAUAGUGGCGGCCCAUGACCCAUCAGUUGACUUCUCCGGCAUAGAGAGCUCUCCCGUGUCGCUCCAUAACCCACCACCUGCCUUCACCAUUAGCUAUGGCGAAUUCGGAGGCAGCGACGAGUACCUCGAAGUCCUUAACAAGGACCGCUUUCUCCAGCUCAACGACUUCUACAUGAAUUUCCUGCAGAGAGGAAGCCAGAUCAAGAUUCCCAUUGACGGUGCUCCCGCCGUCAUCACCCGCGCUGACCUCAACGGCGACGCCUGCGACUGGCAGGGCAUAGAUUGGCACAUGCGACGGCUCAAGCGGUCCUAUGUGCGGGCCGCGCGGGCCGAGUUCCAGACGUCCCUGAUGCCGCCGGCGUUAAGGGAGGUGAGGAAACAUAUGCAGCAGAUACCGAAUUCAGAGAGUUUCUUUUCGUUUCGGAGAAUGGACACGAUGCAUCGGGCUUGGAUUCCGCAUUUCCAGCUGCGUAACCUGUUGGGCGUGUCCAAUACAGACAUCUACUAUGCAGCAAGAGACAAAGUGCUGUAUACUGACUCCGAAGGUUCUCCCCCGAAGGUAGCUAUGGACCUCAGCAAGUCGUCUACCGAAGCGGGGAAAUUUCUUAUCACGACUCUGGCCGUCAGCUCCGACGUCGUCAUCGCCGGCGGGUUCGAGGGGGAAUACGCGCUCAACAACGCACACAGCAACAGGCCAAAAGAUACGGUAAUAAGCCGCAUCAACAACACGACGCGCAACUCUAAGUCCCACAUCACGAACCACAUCGGCCUCUUCCCCUCACGCACCACGUACAGCCCGCAGGCCGUCCUCUCCUCCAACGAUAACCGCCUCCGCGUCCUCGACUGCACGACCAACACCUUCACGUACACCUUCACCUACCCGCAAGCCGUCAACUGCAGCGCCACGUCGCCCAACGGCCGCAUGCGCGUCAUCGUGGGCGAUUUCCGCGAGACGCUCGUCACGGACGCGGAGACGGGCAGGGCGUUCCAGGCCCUGCGGACGCAUGUCGACGAUGCGUUUGCGUGCGAUUGGGCCGACGACGGGAUCCAUGUGGCGACGGCGGCGCAGGAUUCGAGUAUCGUGGUGUGGGACGCGCGGAAUUGGGCGAGGCCGUUGAAGGUGCUGUACUCGGAGUUGUCGGUUCCGCGGACGCUGAGGUUCAGCCCUGUGGGUGGGGGCAGGAGGGUGCUGGUCGUGGGCGAGGCGGACGAUUGUGUGAGUGUGGUGGAUGCGGCGGGGUUUGAGAGGAAGCAGGUGCUGGAUUUCUUUGGGAGGACGGCGGGGAUCGGGAUGAGUGGGGAUGGGCAGGGGUUGUGGGUCGGCGUUGUUGAGGGGAGUGUUGGGGGGUUGAUGGGGUUUGAGCGGUGUGCGGGUGGGUGGGGAGGGAGAGGGGGACGGGGAGAGAGGCGAGAUGGAGAGGGGGAUGAUGGGAGUGAGGGAAGUGAUUGGGAGAGUGAAGAGAGGAUGGAUGGCGAUGAGCAGGUCUUGUGCGGAAGGGCGGAGAGAAGGAGGAGACAAUAUAAGAAGGAAGGGAAGAGGGUUAGAGAGUGUAGUAGGUCUUAUAGACGUCGGGAUAAUCAAGAAAGAGGGCAUGUUUACAGGUUUACAACUUUGAACGUCAAUGGUGAUGGUGAUGGUGACGAUGUUGAUGAGAUGCAUAUGGACGAAGGCGACUACCGCGACAAACAAACAAUGCCCUUGUUAGAUUCCUGA